UGUUCACAAAGAGCAGAGACCUUGAGAUUUCAGCGCCAUGAAGACACUCGUAAGCCGAUGACGAACAAGAGUGAUGCGGUCUUGAGUGUAUUAUUAUCCACAUCUCGCAAGUAGUGAAGCUGUAAAGCUCCUCUCGCGGUCUGGCCGUGAUUCGCUCAUUGGUCGCUGAACUGUCAGCAGCUCGAGCGGAGAUAUGAGCCGCUCACCCGGAGGACCGCUCACUCACGGCUCUUGUGAUGUUCCCUCAUCUCAACUUGUCAUGGUUUUGUUUUGCUCCUCCGACAGCGCCGGGUCCGACGAGGCGGUCUGACUGAGAGUUCACUUUUUGUGAGAAAAGCGGGAGAACUUUACGGAUCGCAAAGUUUUUGAUUCCACGGUACGCGGACAUUUACCGAAGAAAAACCAGCUUCGAUGGACGGCCCGAAAUUGAUUUUAUUGGUUUCAGCUUUCAACGCCUUGUUUUCUCCGGUUGGUGCUGUUCAGAUGUGUGACGUGGUAAAUGAGAUUGAGCUGGCAAGAGUGAGGUGCGAGAAUAAAACAGCAGGAAACGUCACAUCAGGCUGCAAAGGGAUGUGGGAUAUUAUUGCUUGCUGGCCAUCAGCCAACAUUGGGGAACAUGUGGUUAUUCCCUGUCCAAAUUACUUCAGACACUUCUCUGAUCAUCAUGAGGGUAACCUCUCAAAGACCUGCACUGCUGAUGGCUGGACCGAGAUGGACCCGAUGGAAAUCGCAGUACAGUGCGGCUAUAAUUUGAAUGGCACUGUUGAUGAUGAUAGUUUCUUUAGGUCGGUGAAGAUCGGCUACACCAUCGGGCACAGUGUUUCUCUCAUCUCUCUCACCACUGCCAUUGUAAUACUUUGUAUUUUCAGGAAACUCCACUGCACGAGGAACUACAUCCACAUGCACCUGUUUGUGUCCUUCAUUCUGAAAGCCAUCGCCGUCUUUGUCAAAGAUGCGGUGCUCUACGAUGUUAUUCAAGAGUCUGACAACUGCUCCACUGGUUCUGUUGGCUGCAAAGCUGUGAUUGUCUUUUUCCAGUAUUGCAUUAUGGCAAGCUUCUUCUGGCUGCUAGUCGAAGGUCUGUAUCUUCAUGCACUGUUGGCCGUCUCUUUCUUCUCAGAGAGGAAAUACUUCUGGUGGUACAUUCUGAUUGGCUGGGGAGGUCCAACGAUUUUCAUCAUGGCUUGGAGCUUUGCCAAAGCUUACUUCAAUGAUGUCGGGUGCUGGGAUAUAAUUGAAAACUCUGACCCAUUCUGGUGGAUUAUCAAAACCCCAAUAUUAGCUUCAAUUCUGAUGAACUUUAUCCUGUUCAUUUGCAUCAUUCGGAUACUUCGGCAGAAGAUUAACUGUCCUGACAUUGGGAGAAAUGAAUCAAACCAAUAUUCGAGGCUGGCAAAAUCCACACUUUUGUUGAUUCCACUCUUCGGGAUAAACUUCAUCAUAUUCGCUUUCAUUCCUGAGAACAUAAAAACUGAACUAAGGCUCGUUUUUGACCUCAUUCUUGGUUCAUUUCAGGGUUUUGUGGUUGCUGUGCUCUACUGUUUCCUAAAUGGAGAGGUACAAGCAGAGAUCAAGAGGAAAUGGAGGCGAUGGCAUCUCGAAAGGUUUAUGGGUCCUGAUACCAAAUACCAGCACCCAUCCAUGGGCAGCAACGGCAACAACUUUAGCACGCAGAUCUCCAUGCUAACUCGCUGCAGCCCCAAGACUCGCCGAGCAUCCGCAUGUCAAGACGAGACAUCCAUCACAGUCUAAAUUAGGAUCGACAAUGAUCCGAUAUUAUCACCAGAAUGAGACCGUGUGGACAUGAAGAUGUUCAAGGAAGUGUUCCAGCGAAAUUCAGUUCUGAACUUCAGACUGUAUUAUACAUUUUUGCAGAGAUGAGCAUUUUCUGAAAAUGAGUUGCCAUAGAAGUUGUCAGUGAGGUUCAUGUAUGAAAACACAAUAUCCGACAGGCACAGGUGAUCUUCUCCAACACAUAAAACCUGUAAAUAAAGCCACAGUGAUCUUCUGGAAAGCAGCGAGAUCCUAGUUCCGCCGUCAUUUUGUGCCAACUCGGCUCUGCAGGGACACAGAAGCCACACCAUCAUCAAGAAUGACUGAUGAUACGCUGCAGGAAAAAGAGGUUAGGGAUUCUUUGCCUGGACUGCUCUUAUAUAUUUUGCUUAUGAAGUAAGUUAAAAAGAAAAAAAAAAAAAAAGAGAAACAAAGAGGCUACCAAAAGCGGAUUGUUGAAUAUCCAAUAUAUGGAGAUACACUGUAGAGACCAAAUGUGAUGUUUCUUCGAAACAUGUUGUUCAUUUGUUUCAUUUUUUUUUUAAGAUGUUUUCAGAUCUCUGUGUGUGUGUGUGUGUGUGUGUGUAGGCACGUUUGGAAGCCGAAUGCCCUUCUCUGCACUAUCAUUCUAGAUCAGUCAUCCCAGCAGUGUGUCAGCAUUCAGUUUGCAUGCUUGUUUGAGUGUCAUUGUGCCAUGUACCGCCGUGACUUGACGGUUUUAUGGUCUAAUGUCAAAUCCUUUUGUGUGCGAAGAACAAGCUAUCAAUUACGAGAUCAUCGACAACAAGGACGGCGCUGUUGGAGCUUGAUAUAACUGUCAUAGGCUUUGCCAAUGCUUAUUAUUUAUCUUAAAGAAUACGCAUAAACCAAUUUAUACUUAACAAUGGAAGUGUACUUCCAUGUGUAUUGUAGGUCUCUGCAGUAAUGCUAAGGCUGUAAACUUACCGUUUCCUUUGUACUGUGACAACAUUUUUUUUUUACAUGCUUUGGUUCCAGCGGUAACUGGCAGUGCUUGUUCAACUAGAAGGAUUUUUGUGUUUAUGUACAAGCUAAAGGGAAACGAAAAAGCAGGCCGCCCUGUCACAGCAAUGUUCUUGUCUCACAGUUUUACUCAUUGAGAUGGACUUGCAGCCAGAUCAAGGCCUGUGAAGUCUCGGAAAGCGACUCGAACUGGGUCAGCGCCACAUAAAGGUAGUUCAGUCUGGAUCGUGGUUUCUGUUUCCAGUGGAGUGUAAAAUAAUUAUGUACAGUCACAUCUGAUAGAAUAUAUAAAGGGAAUGUACAGCAAAUUCAUUUUAAUGCCACAGCUGGGAUGUCUUGCAAAGGUUAUAGUAAUAUAUUUAAUAAAAAAACCUCAAAUUUAAGCCUCAAAUCACUGCCCAAUAUUGUCCGAUGGCAUAGCAUUUUAUAUUUUAAAUUUGCGAUUAGCCAGAUUACCUCUAAUCUACCAUGAUAAAGAAUGUAUAUUCUUAUAAAAAUGUUAGGUAAAUGUUGUAAUUUUCAAUACAUAAAAGAUCAAAAAUCACUUUAAGUUAGCAGUGUACUUUGUGAACUUUAUAUAAAUGCAUAUAUUAAAAGGUGCCUAUUUUAAUGCGUUGCGCUGUAUAGACUAUUUCUGGUUUUGAAACGAUGGUGUUUUGUCGUGUAUCAAUGUGGGUGAAACAUAAUAUAUAAGUGCACAGCAGAAGAACUGGAUGUUGUGUAUAUUAAAACUCUGUAUCUGUGCCGUGAAAGUAAAUAAUAUUUGUCCAUACCGCAUGCUACACAAGCAGGAUAGGGAACAUUUUGAGUAAUAAAUUCACAAGAAGCAUGACCCAAAUUCUUUACAGUCAUGUGUACGCGUGAAUAUUUUUGUAUCUACGUUUAAACGAGCUUGAUACAUGGUAUGUAUUUUUGUAACAUUUGGGACCAUUUUCCAUUGUUGUUUGAAUGUUCACGCUCAACGAUUUUAA